UCGACGAGCUAUCAAAGCAUUAGUAAUUUUAAACGGCAUUCAAUGAAUCUUCAAAAGCUUUUUCUGUCGCGUUCCACGCUCAAGCUGUUGGCCCAACGCUCGGACUUUGAGCGUCUGGUCAAGGAGUGCUUUGUGCGCGUGCAAGUUGGCACACGCCAUCGCGUUGGGCAAGUCCAGAGCGUGGACAAGGGCUCACGCGCACGUACGGGCAGCGAUCCGAUGCUGCUACUGCGCAUCGAUAGGACGCCACGCGCUUAUGCUCUGGGCCAGCUCUCCAACAAUUACUUUGAGCCCACCGAGCUGCUUGAAUGGGAAUACAUCUGGCAGAGCAACAACUUUCAGCUGCCCUCGGAGCAGAAGGCGGAUCAGAAGCACUUGGCCAUCGCGGAGGCGCAAGCGCAGCUGCUGAACAAGUCACAGGCGAAGAAGAAGACUGCUAAGGAGUCUGGGGCUGCUAAGAAGUCUGGAACUGCUAAGCAGUCUGGAACUGCUAAGCAGUCUGGAACUGCUGAGCAGUCUGGAACUGCAGGAGCAGCCGGAGCACCAACUGCAGCUACAGCUGAGGUACGCAAGUAUCUGGUGGAGCCCAUGGAUUGUUACAAAUCCUAUCUGCCAGCGCCAGCACCAGCAGCAGCAGCAGCAGCAGCAACAACAGCAACCAAUGCAGCUGGCGGAGAAGGCUCGAACCCAACUGCAGCAUCCCUGCCUGCAGAGAAGCCCGUUGCAGCCAAAAGGAAAAUCACAAUUAGUGAGUACUUUGAGCGUUAUGCCAAGAAGAAGUCAGCCUAACUUUUAAUUAAGGCUAGCACCUGAACUGACAAAUCAACAGAAUAUACCAAUAAGUAUAUAAAACGCUUACAUCUAUUAUAGUCAAUUAAAGCAAACGCCAAUGUAA